AUCUCGGGCUCUGACGACCCGUGACGGUUCGCGCGGGCACAGACGUCGUCGGACCGCGAAACCACGUGGCGCCUCGCUUUACCCCCCCUCCCCCCCCAAACACCCCCGUCGGAGGCCCCUGGAUCGUCGGCUCGAGUCGGCACCCGGGUCCCCGGCGCGCGACCCCAACGGGACGAACGCCUCGACGUCGUCGGUCGAUAUGACGACCCCUCACGUCGUCGUUCCUGACUCCAAGACCGCAGCCGGGGAGCAGCUAUAUACCUUCCUCCGGAUCGAUCACACGACCGUGACGCGUUCAAGUUGGCGCCGCUGUCAGUAAAUCAAACUUUUUACCCGGCUUCUCAACGGACGCUUAACCUGAAAUAAAGCGACCUUCCCCGACGUCCGAUCGAUGCGCGUUUCAGCCGCGAACGAGUUAAAACACGGGCGAGUUGUACCAGGUUCUCAUUAUUUGUUGGCUCCUUUCCCAAAGUGAUUGAAACUCCACACGUGAAAAUUCACGGAAGAUGAUUCUGUAACCAGCAUACUUCGUGAACUCAAGGUUUAAUACAAAAAUAAAGUACAUACUUGAUUGGACGACACGUGGGUGACAAAAUCCCCGCGGUGAAAAAUUCCAGGACUUCGAAAGUGCUGAAAUAACGUGGUUUCAACCUUUCGUGUUCGCGGUCGUUUGAAAACUGUCGAAAAAAAUAAAGUGUGUACGUGCUAUUUGACGUCUAAGAGGUCUAAGAGUCCAGUAGGUACCUGGCAUAACCUGUCCAGAGACGGUGGGUGAUUCUAUGGCUUCAAAGUGAAGUGGUCUGUCGAUAUAAAAAAGGGCAAACACACAUACGAAAAAGAAAUUAAUUGUGUUUCUGUAGCAUUUUUUAAUCAGUUUUUGAAUAUUUAGAUUGUACACGAAGAAUAUUAUUGAGGAUUCAUUUUCGAAGUAAGUAGCAUAAUACCCAUAUAUCUGCGAAGAUAACAAUAGAUUUACGAAGAUCUCUGGAUUUCUUCGUCAAUUUAAAGUGGGAAAAAAAAUGUGGUCAGUGUACCAGAAGGUCUUUUUUGGCUCGUGUGUGAGUCACGAGGUCAAGGUCGCAGAAAGACGCACACCGACGUUGGCUUCUGCGAGUAAUUAACGUUCGUGGUGGAAGUCGUAAAAUCGCGCGACCUUGAGUGACGUGUAGUGUAAAGCUUGUCGAGACAGAUUUUCGCCAGCUGACUUUUUUUUUCUUCCUUUUCGCUUACAGCCGAGGUUUAGGAUGUGGCGGGUGUUGAGGGAAAAGGAAAACCUUCCACAAGAACAGCGUCGCUGCCGAUGAAACUGGCUCAACCCGCGUUGAAAAAAAAAAAAGAAACUUUGCCGAACCGGUGGAUGUUCAUAGAACGCAUUGAUUGUAGGUCAUGUGUGAUAAAGGAAGGUUGUAACUUGAUAUCAGGACGUAAGAGGUGAAAUUCAUGUUGAGUGUCGGGGAGAGGUUUCUGAAGGUUUGUGUUGAAGAAGAGUGAAAGGUGCUGACGAGGAUCAACCCGUGAGUCUUCCCAUUUUCGCUGCUGAAACAGUCACACUACUCUGGUUCCCUCCGGUGAAGGUGUCUUCGUCGUAAUACCUGGGUUCCGCGGGUGUUUGAAGAAACCUUUGUGUACCUUCUUCACUUCGCUUCUCUCGGGUGAAGAUGUGCCAUGGAACAAACCGUAAGGUCUUUCCGGAGGGCACGAAGCUGUGGUCGUGCACGACGGCAGUACGACGAAGUGGGGUCGUAGAAAAGUUGGUAAUCUUUGCUGAGCGCAACCUCACGUAACAUUAUAAAUCAACAGAAUCCGUGAGUUAGGGCCAUAAAGGAAAAGAACGUAAAGUGAACCCUUCGCUCAAGCACAGAGACAUUGAUUAGACUAGUUUUCGCCCCGGGGCAAGAACUCAUCUACGCGCUACACUUCCAGCCAUAUUAAUCUCGCUGUUCUAAACAUUUUGAUUAAUAUUAGAUAGUAAAUAAAUAUAAUUUGUUUGCAGUCAGUUUUCAGUACACAAUUUUAAUACCCACGUUGACAUUGCUAGAAUGUCUCGGAUGUACCGGGAGGUCCUCCAUAGGUCGCGUAGCUGUUGUUAAAUAGCGCGUGGGGCUGCCGAGGGUUUAAUGGAAAGUGGAUAGGCGUUGUUGAGGAGGACAACCUAGUGCAACUGCUGACGUCACUGGAAUGUCUCGGAUGUACCGAGAGGACCUUCAGAGGUCUUGUGACUGUUGUUAAGAAAGCGUGUGGGUACUGUGAGAGCCCCGUAGGAAAGCGGGUGAGGGUUGUUCGACUCCGUGGAGUUGUAGAAAAGUUGAUAAGCGUUGUUGAGGACUACACGUUGCUGGAAAGUCUCCAGAGGUCGUGUGACUGUUGUUAAGAAAGAAAGCGUGUGGGUGCUCUGAGAGCCCCUUAGGGAAACGGUUGAGGGUUAUUCGACUCGGUGGGGUUGUAUAAAAGCGGAUAAGCGUUGUUGAGAACAACCUCGUGUACCUGUUGACGUCGCUGGAAUGUUUCCAGAGGUCACGUGACUGUUGUUAGAGAGCCCCGUAAGAAAGCGGGUGAAGGUUAUUCGACGCUGUGGGGUUGUAGAAAAGUGGAUAAGCGUUGUCGAGGUCCACCUCGCAUACCAGUAGACGUCGCCGGAAUGCCUCCAGAGGCAGCGUGACUGUCAGAGAGCGCGCGUGCGUUGCUGACGGCGAUGCCGGCAUGCGGGAGGGACUGACGACGACCCCGGCGCGCUGUGCAGAGACGACGACGACGACGACGGCGACCAGUAGGAGGGGGAGGAAAGAGACGCGGCGCGACUCGUGACGCAUGAAGAGGCCGCGGCGCGGGCUGCUGGCGGCCGCUGCUGCUGCGGCGGCCGUGCUCACGCUGCUGGGGGCGGCGCUGCGGUCGGGGGCGGCGCGCGACGACGCGGGCGACGCCGACGUGGAGGUGGGGCUGCUGACGCGCGCCAUGGUCUCGGUGGCGGAGGCGCUGGGCGCCCGCGAGCCCGCCUACGCCAUCGGCUGCUACGCGGAGACAUCCGCCGAGCCGCCAGCCGACCGCGAGGAGGAGGAGCCUAAACGAGGCAGCAUCUUCUUCCUGGAGACCUCGUGCAGGUUCAGACAGGUCGAGACACGUGCGCGCAGGUCGAGCCGCGCGGGUCGCCUGGAGCUGGGCGCCAGGCAGGCCUGCGCCGUGGAGUCUGCGGCGCGCGGCAACCCGGGCCUGCAGGUGUACCUGCUGUUCGCGUCGCCCGCCGCGCGCAACUGGACCGCGUGGUCGUGGGCGGCGCGCGAGCUGCUCGCCUACCCGAACGUGCACAUCAGGCACGUGAACGUGGAGCGCUACCUGCGCGGCACGCCCCUGGAGGAACUCUACACCAGCGGCGCCCUCAGGCGGAGCUACUGGCCGGUGUCGCACGCCAGCGACGUGCUCAGGUUCCUCACGCUGUGGCGGUACAGCGGCACCUACCUCGACCUGGACGUCGUGCUCACCAAGCCCCUGGACAACAUGCGCAACUUCGCCGGCGCGGAGAGCCCCAGCAACGUGGCCGUCGGCGCCAUCAACAUGGCCGACGACGAGCUGGGGCGCCGCGUCGCCAACGAGUGCGUGCACGACAUCAAGGAGAGCUUCCGCGGCGACGUGUGGGGCCACAACGGGCCGGGCGUCAUGACGCGCGUGCUCAAGCGGCUCUGCGGCGUCAACAAGGCUGUGAAGAUGACGCCGGCCAAGUGCGGCGGCUUCAGGGUGCACCCGCCUUCGGCCUUCUACCCGGUGUCGUGGUCCGAGUGGCAGCUGUACUUCCAGGAGGCGGGCAGCGACAAGACGAUGGCCAGGCUGCGCGACUCGGUCGCCAUCCACGUCUGGAACAAGCUGAGCAGCAAGGAGGGAGUGCGGGUGGGGUCCAGACAGCCGUACGGUCUGAUCGCCCGGAGGCACUGCCCUCGCGUCUACGAGCGGUCCGCGCCCGUCUUCUGACCACCCGCCGGCACCACCACUGGCACCACCGGCAACACCGGCACCACCACUGGCACCACCGGAACCACUGGGACCACCGAAGGUACCACCG